AUGGAGAAUUCAUCAACCUUACCUACAUGGGAGACGGGUCACACUAAGAGGCUAAUCCAUGCCGGAGACUUGAAUCCAUGGUUAGUUAUUCUAGUUAUCUUUACAAUCUUUAUUGCUAUAUUCAUAAUGUACACAUUGUACAAGUACUACUCCCCGACUCCACCAAAUCUUCCCCGUCAACUCAAGUUGCAACCGCUACGAAGACUCGAUAACAACAUCAUCGAGUCAUUCGUCGUUGAAGACUUCUUGCCCGGGAUUCAGCAAGAAAAUCAUUGCAGUAUUUGCUGCUUUGAUUUUGAAGAAGGGGAUAGGGUUGUAACAUUACCUAGUUGCAAUCAUCGUUUUCACGAUGGUUGUAUUAGGAAAUGGUUUGAAAAUCAAACCAAUUGUCCAAUGUGUCGAUUUGAGUUCAUGGCUAGUUAA